AUGGCAGUAUUGAUUGUGUAUGUUGAUGACAUAAUUAUCACUGGUAAUCACACUGAAGAGAUAAAUUCAAUCAAAAAAAUAUUGGCAAAGGAGUUUGAAGUCAAAGAUCUCGGCGCACUCAAGUAUUUUCUGGGUAUGGAAUUCGCUAGAAGCAAAAGAGGUAUUUUCGUGUCCCAAAGAAAAUACACUCUAGACCUACUAAAGGAGACAUGCAUGCUCGGAAGCAGGCCCAACAAAACUCCAAACGAGCUUAGAGACAAAAAGAAAAUGUUUGAAGGAGGUCCAGUUGACAAGGGAAGGUAUCAACAACUAGUAGGAAAACUCAUCUACCUCUCACAUACUAGACAUGACAUUGCCUUUGCAGUAAGUCUAGUCAGUCAAUAUAUGCAUGAUCCGUGUCAGGGACAUCUCAAUGCAGUAUAUAGAAUUUUGAGGUAUCUCAAACAAACACCUGGAAAUGGCCUUUUCUUUAGGAAGACUACUGAAAGAAAGGUUGAGGUUUUUACAGAUGCAGACUGGGCUGGUUCAAUUGAUGAUAGGAAGUCUACAUCUGGAUAUUGCACAAUGAUAUGGGGAAAUGUGGUAACAUGGCGGAGUAAAAAGCAAACAGUGGUUGCGAGAAGCAGUGCAGAAGCUGAAUAUAGAGCCAUGACCCAUGGAGUAUGUGAAGCAAUAUGGAUCAAACGUCUACUAAAGGAAUUAAAGAUUGAAUAUGAAGCAUCUAUUCAGCUCUACUGUGACGACCAAUCUACCAUUAGCAUUGCACAUAACCAUGUAUAUCACGACAGAACUAAACACGUGGAAGUUGACCGUCACUUUAUUAAAGAAAAGAUUGAUGGAGGAAUUAUCAACAUUAGAUAUGUGCAUACUGAUCAACAACUAGCUGAUAUUCUCACAAAGGGGCUAUCCGAUCAAGUAUUUGAUUUCCUAGUAAACAAGCUUUGA